AUGUCGCAAUACCCACAACUCGUUGUACUUGGAGAUGGUGGUGUUGGCAAAACAUCUAUCAUUCUUCGUUAUACUCGUAAUCAAUUUAGCGAGACUUACGAGCCAACACUCGAAGACAACUACCAUGCAUCAGUAAUGCUCGAUUCAGGACCAUUCGAAAUGGAUAUUGCCGAUACUGCAGGACAAGAUGAUUACAAAUCCCUCAGAGACCGCUACAUGUCUACAGGAGAUAUUUUCCUGAUUGUUUAUUCAGUUACAGAACCCCGCACCCUUACUACAGCUAAGGAGAUGCUUAAUCAAAUCAAAGUUAUCAAGGAGGAUAAUUUCAAAUUCCUUUUAGCAGGCAACAAGUGCGAUAUUCCUAACCGACAAGUUACAUUUGAUGAUGGUUAUGCUGUAGCCGAAGAAUUCGGUGGUCACUUCCUUGAAACGUCUGCUAAAAAGGUUAUCAAUAUUGAUGAAGCCUUCAAGGAAAUCGCUCAUAUGUUAAAGAAAGACGACAAUUCUGCGGAUGUCGGAUGCAAGUGCAAGAUCUAA